CUUCGAGCCGACAAUGAGCACUGCCAAACGAAAAAACGGCCUGGAAGAUAGCGAUAAGCCAUCCGAAGGCGUCAAGAAGGAAAUAACUCGCAAUCGAGCAGUGCUUGCCUGCGAGGAAUGUCGCGCGCGCAAGAGGCGGUGCGAUGGGGCAAUCCCAGCGUGUGGCGGAUGCGUGAAGCGCAUGUCCGCCUGUGUCUAUGCCGCUGAGAUCCACGCAAAGGUGUGGCGGGAUAGCAUGAUUCAGUCCCUACGUUCCCGCCUGAAGGAGCUUGAAAAAGGAGACGAUCUGGGGGGAGAGCCGGAAAGACAGGCGUCUGAUCAUGAGGUCCCAAUUACGGACUUGAACGCAGAAGCUCAACUGCACGGGGAUGCUGCUGGCAUGCAAGGUGAGGCGCCGUCUGAGCCGUCGCCGGCAGUGUCACCGGCUGCCAUUCCGCCUCCUCCUCAGAACCGACGACCCCCAGCAACCGAUAUAAUCCAAACCGGACGACAGACCCACGUUCGCCCAAACGCGAUAGCGCAGAGCAGUUAUUCACCAAGAGCCCUGGAGCCGUGUAGUGCAGAGAGGCUUAUGAAAUCUAUCAAUCAAGCUAUUGACUCCAGGAGUGGACGAUACGGUGUAUCUGGCGACUCUACCUUGCUCACACAUGCAGCACCUGCUGGCGCUGUUCAAGACGGACAAACCAAUUGCUCUUGCGAUCGCAUUCUGGGUGCCUCGAAAUGGCGUCUACCACUGCGAAGGCACGCAGAUGAUCUACUCGGAUUAUACUUCUCUCGUGUUCACCGCAUGUAUCCAAUUCUCCACGAGCGGACGUUCCGAAGGCAAUAUGAGUCACUAUGGCAGUCUCCGACAAGGCCGUCCACAGAUCCCGCCAUGAGCUGUCCCGGGUUAUGCAAGCAAAAGAGCCAGGGCAAGACGUUCGCCGCGAUGGUGCACGCCAUCCUUGUUUUAGCGUCCUUGUUUGAGUCUGGAACAUUGGAGCAAAACACUCUACAAGCGGACAACUACUUUAAAUUGGCACAGGAAAUUAACCUCCUGGAGAUACUUGACUACGAAGUCGGAAUUGAACUCGUGCAACUCGGCCUCCUGAUGGGAUUUUACCUCCAAAGUACAGAGAGAUUUUCCAAGUGCCGGAAUAUUACCGGUUUGGCAAUUCGAAUGGCGCAGAAUAUGGGACUACAACUUGGGCUCGAGGAAGCCCGACGGAAAGGACUGUUCGCUCUGCAUGCGACUCAGCUUGACUGCGAGAUAAGGAUCCGAGUGUGGUACGGAUGCGUUCUACUGGACAGAGAAAUAUCCAUGUCUUUUGGGCGGCCAAUGAUGAUCAAUUCUGGCGGUGAAAGUGUCAGGUUGCCUGAAGCAAUUGAUGACAAUCGGCUCUCUGAAGACUUGGGCUCUCGGAACGUGCAGCCGGCGGGUUGUCCCAGCUUAUUGGAGUCCUACAUCCAAACGAUCCAGCUGUACGAUAUUCUCAAGCAAGUGCUCCACCAAGAGGAAAUCAGAGAAGCAUCGACAGUUAGCCCAGAUAUUUGCUCGUUGCUGAGCCUGGAUACCUCGAUCAUGGGGUGGCGGGACGCUCUGCCUUCUUACUUAUAGUAUGAUCCUGCCUUCGAUGCAACGAAUCCAGGAAGUCGACAUUCUGGCUUCUCCGGCCAGUCCAAGCGCCUCUACAUAAGGUGAGUACUCUUUACUCCCUAGGGGUCGUUCCACCCAACCCUCGCCGGCUUUUCUCGCAACCUGAUUGGUCCGUCGACUUUUGUGGUGUUGGUGUUACUGGCUAGCCCCGUGCGUGCUCCCGUCGCCCCCAUGGUGCGUGUACUGUACUAUACCGUACUAUACCAUGCUCCUCCCCGCGCUUUGCCCGCCUGCCUGCUGUGGUACAGGCGAGGUGCGUGCCUGUAAAGAACUAUCCAUGUCUUGCUUCGCUGGCCUGUGCCUGCCUCCACCUAGCAUGAUUAAUAGAUUACAUACUAACCACGCGUCCAUCCCCUCUAUCUAUCACGGCACAUCCACGCGCUUAUUACACGUACAUAGCUUAUAGAGACU